AUGCUAUUCAUCGUCCGCCCCUUCCUCGUCCCCCUCGACUUCCUGUCAUCUAGCGAAGAGCUCGUAUCGCAAAAAGCUGCUGGGAAUGCGGUAGCAAUUGUCACGAUUGCAUUGAUCGUACACAGAGGCUCUGUAGAGGCUGCUGCGGUGGCUACUGCUUGGUUCACAACGAGGGGUCAACCUCAACUUUCGGUGCUCGAGCCGUGGUCGCUUCUUGCGACACCUUUAAGGGGGUGUCAUCCGGGCGAAACGACAGACGCCGAUCGCCGGCGCGGCAAAGCGGCGCUCCCAAGAGCUUCUCGUCAGCUUUGGGUCACGAUUUACAGCUUGUCUCGGAAGGCCAACUUUGUGUACUGUUUGAUUUUCUGCAUGGGCUAUAUUUACAGAGCCGGCGAGCUCUCGUCACGUCACUAA